AUGGGGAGGAAGAAGGUGAAGCUCGCAUGGAUCACCAACGAUGCCACGAGACGCUUCACCUUCGAGGAGCGGAAGAAGGGCCUGGUGAAGAAGGUGAGCGAGCUCGCCAUGCUCUGCGGCAUCGAGGCGUGCCUGGUCGUCUACGGGCCUCAGGAUGCGGCGGAGCCGGAGGUGUGGCCGUCGCCGACGGAGACGGCUCGCGUGGCCACGCGCUUCAAUAGCAUGCCGGAGAUGUACCGGUGGCGCAAGAUGACUGACCAGGAGGGCUUCCUCCGGCAGCGCGUCGCCAAGCUGCAGGACCAACUCCGCCGCCAGGAUCGUGAGAGCAGGGAGCUCGAAGUCAGCCUCUUCGCCCACGAGAUUAUGGCCGGCGGGCGGAGCCUGGACGACACCGGCCUAAAUGACGCAGUGGAACUGGUGCAGACGAUAGACAUAAAGCUGAAGCUGGUGCAGAACAGGGUAGAAAGGAUUGUAGAAUCUUUUAUCAUAUAA